GAUCAUACGGACAUGUGACGACGGGAUGCGACGGUACGAGGAUGURCUCCUAGGUCAACAUCGACGACGAAAUAAUAAUGAAAGAAUAAUUAUCAAGAAGGUGCUACGUUACUACAUUGAUCAGCGUCGGCAACARAAAGAAUCACCGGUGGAAAGAAGAGAGAAACAGAGUUUGUUUGUGUGCGAGGGAGAGAGAGAGAGAGAGUACAGAAAAUGAUGAAACGAAAGUUAGUGACGACGAUACUGAGACAGAAGGUUCUGCCUUUGUCUCGUCAGCUCUCUUCWACGAGAACUGUUUUUCCUCCCAUUAAUCGAAUCCCCAMACAUUUGAACGCGAACMGUUAYAAAGUUCUAUCACUACAGCWACAACAACCCAUGCGAUUGUUCUCCACCGAGAUGAGAGCGCAAACCGCCGCCGUUUCCGCCGCAAACGCAGCGGUGGCCGCAGAAGGCGCCGCGGCAAAGGCCGGAAACAGCAAGAAAGACAACAACAGCAACGUCUUUCUAGACCACCUCGGAAAGAUAUUUUUGAUGGGAAUCGCCUCCGUGAUCGCGACACUCGUGCGCUCUUCGUACAACACGAGCAAUCGGAACGAGAUCCGCGAUCGCAUCGAGGAUUUCUCUGCGAUGGACCCGCAGGAACUCCAGGAUUUUCGGGACGCCAAUUCCGAGCUGACCAUCGACGUUCUGAGGAAGCUGGUCUCCGUGUAUUACCAAGAGUUUUCACCUAUGGAUACGGCUCCCGCUUCGUCAUCCACUCUGGACGCAAGCGGUGGAUCUCCUGUCCGUUCGUCCACGACCUACAAAGAAUUCGUACGAAAGGUCCGAACUAUUAUGGCCUCGAGGUUUCCGGAACACGGGGAAUCCUUGACGAUUCAGAUGGGGCAUUUCCUGGAUCGRUUGGUGGUCGAUAUCCUGCAGCAGYGGGCCGAGAAACAAGCCGAUUCCACGGACGACACUGCCACCACUCUCGGAGCAACCCUCCCGGAGGAGGAGGAAGAGCUCCCGGUCGCCUUGUUUUGGGUGGCACUGGUGGCAGCCAUGAACGGCUCCGUGACCGAUCGGAUCCGGAUCCUCCACGAAAUCAUGCUCGCGGACCAGGGCGGGCAGGCACACGGCGCCGCCGCGGCUCCGGGCGUUCCGCUCUCCGCCGUCCGGGACACGGUGGGCUACCUGCAGGAAACCUGCCAGCUGCCCCCCGACACGCAGAUCGUUCCCACCGGCCACAAAUAUCCCACGCAGCACUUCCAGCGGGCGGCCCCGAUCGACCUGGUCCCGGAGGACCUCUGCACCGCCGAGAACACGGAGCGAUCCAAAACCGCGGGGGGCGACGAAAAACCCGGCGAAUCGAUCGACCUGGUCGAGUUUGCGGCGAUCCUGCGGACGAAAUCGGUCUGCGCCUGGGGGGAGUGCUACAUGCGGCUCAAACCGGACGCCAGCGAAUUCGAGGAGGCCACGAGUCCCUCGGAUUGAAUCGGGCACCACGGAGCUGUUGUUCG